AUGGAUCCGGCUUCGGUCAUUGGGCUUUCAAGUGCGAUCCUCGGCAUCGUUACUGCCAACACCAAAAGCGUUAAAUCCCUCUCGGACAUGCGAGCCAGAUACCAGAUCACGGAUCUCAAGGUCAACCUACUCAUCGGACACCUGUCGACGCUCAAAGCCGCGCUCAAUAAUGUCGCUGACUUGGCUUGCGGCAGCUCAGCUGCUGCAACGCACAAGCAACUUGCCAGUGAUCUUUCCGUCUUUUUGAAAUGCUGUGAUGAGCUCGUCUUCGUUCUCGACGAGCGUGUAUCUGCUCUACAGCGGAACGAGGCCAACGGGCUUUCUAAUUCGAGCAAAUUCAACCUAUUAUGGCACGACCCGGAAAUGAACGAAUAUUUUGAGAUGCUCAACAACCAGAUGAACGCGCUCAACCUCCUUCUCACGUCACUACAAUGCCGUACCAUUUUCGAACAGCAUGACCUCCUCCAGAGCGAUGAAUCGCGUAGAAUAUUCUCACAGGUCAAAGACGACACAUCAUCUCUUCUUUGGCUGAGAGAUUCAGAGUCCAGUGGUACAAGCCGUAGUGCCUGGACGCAGGACCUAAGCGCGAUCAAGACAAUUUUCGACUUCGACCGCGAGGUUUUCACAUCGAAGGUGUACCGAAUGGCAACUAGGUCAAACAUGGUAAAUGCUAUCUGGGCUGACGCUCGUUCGAUCCUGAGCAUCAGUACCAUGGGAGCACGUCAGAGCCGGUUGGGGAGAUACAUCACGAAUGGAUUUGAAGUCACGCUAGACAAUGAUGCCGCUACCACUACCAGUACCGUGAAGCCAGGAGCACAGACUGACGCCACUGGACAACAACGGGAAGAGACCUUGAAGCUUCCUAUAAUCAUACACUCUCGUCAGUCUCUACAUCCCCGCCUAGCUACGACAGGACAGCGUCAAACCUCGUGGUUCAAAGCGGAAAGCGUGUCGUCUUCGCAGCGGAGAACGCCAAACCGUCAGAGGAACGUCUACAUGACGCCUGUUCGCGAACCGAAUCAUAUAACGGGCGCUGGGUCGCGCAAACCCGAAAAGGUCAUGCGAGUACUUCUUGCAGGGAUUUCAGCUAGCGGGAAGAGCACGCUUGUGAAAGCUAUCAUGGCUAAACUCGAUCAGUACGAUACCAAACACCGUCUGAUGUGUAGACCUGUCAUUUUGUCGCAUGCCAGCCGUUGUGUCCUGAAGCUGGUCGGACUUCUACGUGACGCCAGGGUCGAUACGGUCUUGAGAUAUUUCAAUAAUUACACCCUCGAGGAAGUUGUCGGAGAGUUGGAAAACCGUGGUGAGCUGCUAAUCGAGUUGGAAAUCUGGAAUUCGUCCGAAAUCCGAACCAUGGUUGCGCAAGAGAUGGUCAAAUGCAACGAUCCCGAAUUCAUGGAAUAG